AAUAAAAUAAAAUCUAAAAUAGAAACUGAGCGCACAAGCGAAGAGGGAAAACGUACCUCUCUUCUAAAUGGCAACUCUGCUCUCAAAUUGCUCAAUCCCAUUCGUUUUCAGUUGUGAUCUUGAUCGAAUGUUGUGAGAUUGCGAUGUCUUUUGACGGAGAGGAGGCUCGAUGGAUGUGUGGGAGAUCAGGGGUUGUGAAUCUGCAGAGAGUGAGCUCGAUCGUGAGAGAGAUGAGGGAGCCUUGUCUUCACUCGCCCAAAAAGAGGUAUUAAGCAAAGUUCGAAAGAGGAUAACUUGGUUGGAAGCAAUCAGAAAUGAUAUGAUAAUAGUUAGCUUAACAGAGGAUAUGGCCCAUAGUAGAAAUGAAUGGAAGAACAUACUUCAGGGAAGCAAAAUGCUAAAGCCAGAAAAGUGGCAAACAGUUUUCAACAGUGAUGGAAAGGUUUUAGCUUUUCAGAAAGUACUGAAGCUAAUUAUCUUAGGGGGUGUGGAUCCUUCUAUACGUGCAGAAGUGUGGGAAUUUCUUCUUGGAUGCUAUGACCUGAAUAGCACAGCUGAGGACCGAAAGCAGCUGAGAAUGGCUCGGAGGGAAAAAUAUGAGGAUUUGAUCAGGCAGUGUCAAGGUAUGCACUCAAGUAUUGGGACUGGCAGUCUUGCUUAUGUUGUUGGGUCUAAAGUGAUGGAUAUGAGGACCUCAUCUAAAGAUAAUGACAUUAGAGAAGCAGCAACUGAAAGUGGUCGGGCUUCUCAUGAUACUGCUAACACAGUAGAGGCAGAUACAACAUAUUCUCAUGUAAGGAAGUGCUCAACCAAUCUGACAGAACUUGUCAGUGUCAGGGCCAAUGCCGAGAGUGCAGCAUAUGAUUCUUCGUACGUUCCCUCUUCUGGGGCAUAUGAUUGUUUCUCAACAUCACAGACAGAAAUGCAUGAACCUCAAUAUUUAACUGAGAGUUUGUUCAAUUUUCCUUCUCUGCCUUUUUCAAAUUUAUUCACAAAUGCUGAUAAUGAUAUGAAUGGAGUUGAGAUGCAUGAUGGUGGGAUAUCUGUUUGUGAACAUCCACCAAGAUAUGAUGAUGAACACAUGCAUAGUUUUCAAAUAAGCAACAACGUAGAUCUGAUUAUGGAAUCAAAUGCUUCGUCCAAUAGUUUGCGUGUCAGCAACAGUGAAAAUGAGAUCUUUCGUCCAGAUGUACUAAAUAAUGUGAGUGCUUCCAAAGAAAUGAAAUGUAACACUGGAACAGUUAGUGGACUGCGUAUAAUGGAUGCUCCUGAAAUAGCUAAAAUUGAUGGAACUGCAUCAAAUGGAAACAUAGGCGGUGAAGACAGAGUUUCUGAAUGGCUAUGGACACUGCAUCGAAUUGUUGUUGAUGUGGUGAGAACAGAUAGUCACCUUGAAUUUUAUGAAGAUGCAAAAAAUAUGGCUAGAAUGUCCGAUAUUCUUGCUGUUUAUGCAUGGGUUGAUCCUGCAACUGGAUAUUGUCAAGGUAUGAGUGAUUUGCUUUCACCUUUUGUUGUGCUUUACGAGGAUAAUGCAGAUGCCUUUUGGUGCUUUGAGAUGCUUCUACGGAGAGUGCGUGAAAAUUUCCAGAUGGAAGGACCAACUGGAGUUAUGAAACAGUUGCAAGCAUUAUGGAAGAUAUUGGAAUUAACCGAUGCUGAAAUAUUUGAACAUCUUUCAGCUAUUGGUGCUGAAAGCCUUCACUUUGCUUUCAGGAUGUUGCUAGUACUUUUUCGCCGGGAGCUUUCCUUUACUGAGGCCCUCUGCAUGUGGGAGAUGAUGUGGGCAGCUGAUUUUGGUGAAGCCAUGGCGCAGCAAUUAGAGGAAAAUUGCCUUGAACCAUUAGUUCUUCAGCUACGGAAAAGUUCAAGCGCAGAUUUGAGGGAAGGAAAAAGUGAAAAUGGUAAAAGAAAAUAUAAAAGUCCCAAACGUGAACAGGGUCAUGAUGAUUCUUGUUCACCCUACAGCAAUGGGUUGAGAUCCAUCUCAAAUCACCCAUUUUGUGGCUUGACAAAGGCUACUUUCUGGGUCAAAGACAAUCAGCUCCAUGGCUGCACAACAGCUGGAUCAACAAGAAAUGGGGACGAUGAACUGCCUGUGUUCUGUGUUGCUGCAAUUCUUAUCCUGAACCGUCAAAAAAUCAUGAGACAGACUCGUUCCAUUGAUGAUGUAAUCAAGAUUUUCAAUGAUAAUGAACUGAAGAUUAAAGUGAAGCGCUGCAUACGCAUGGCUAUCAAACUACGGAAGAAGUACUUUUACAAGUUAAACAAGCAAACAAGCAUGGGGACUCCAGAUCAAAGAUAAGAAGGGGUAGGAAGUGUUUUAUGCUUUAUCUUGUAUAUUAUUUUGUGGAACUGGACCAUCGCACCCACCAAUAGCUCGGAGAUCUGCACCUUCCUUGCUACUCAAGCACCAUGCAAGUUUGGCUCCAAGUUCUAAAGGCUUGGAGCUGUAUCUUGUGGAUAUUGUUUAGCCACUAUGGAUCCAAACUCCUGAAACCAACAUCUUACGUAACUGGAAUUUGUUCAGAAAGAUACCCAAAUUUGGAACUUAUACUGCUAAAUGAAAGUGAAGCAGCAUCGUUCUAUCCAAUCAAAAAUUAAUCCGAGGCAUUGCAGUGGCUAAAAUUAUUCAGGUGUCUAUUUAAGCAGGAAUAUGUCUGCGAUGAGAGAUGUAUUGAAUCUGUGAGGAAUUAAGGAAGAAGAGUAAGGCAACAACUACACUGUAUGUGCAUUCUCUGGAAUAUUACUCAUCAAAAGGAAAUCAAUUUUUUUAAAUAUUCAUUGGACCUCA